AUGACAGAACGGAUCUGGGCAGGCCAAGUGCCACCUGUACAAGCACCAGACCGAGAUCCUCCAGAUCUCAAUAACCUUGACCAGCUCACCUAUGACCAGGCAGUCGCCUACAUCGAAGACUUCCCAGACUUGUCCGAGCACAUAUAUCGAUGGGGUCGAGGCCAGGAGAACUUCUGGAAAGACACACCACGCUUGCUCACCCAGAACGCCGCUAUUGAGUGGCACGAAGAGAUUAACCCUACAGCAAUCACGUUCACCCCACAAAACAUCGCCGACAACAACAACGGAAUCAACUUUCCCAUCGAUUACUUGGUACGGCGCGAUAAGAUCCACGCUUUGCAUGCUCUCCACCAGGCUGGUCUCUGGACACCCACCGAGUACAACGCGUACGGUUUCAGCCACCUCAGACUGGCAUAUGAUAACCGCGCCGAACUGGUCUUCAAUUACAUCGCUUACCACGCCAGGCACGACCUGGACUUCGCGCGCUCGCACCCAGCUGUCCCCAGUCUGCACGGAAAAAGCUUCCUCUCCGGAGAUCUCGUAAACCACCUCGACUGGCUCCUGGAGAUCGGCGAGUACAAGCUCUUCACCGUCUGGUGGAAAUACCUCGACACUCCUCCGACAACCCUCAACAGCGAGGGCAACGAGGUAUGUCUCAACAAAAACAGCCUGAUAUCCCUAUUCCAGACUGCACCCCUCGGAAUGGCAAGCUACCUCCGCGAGAACAACAACAUCCACCUCGAAACCGUAGACACCUCCAACUUCCGCGGCUCAGUCUGGCAUUUCGCGCUCAAGAACCCAAACUCCAACUUCAUCGAGUACCUAGCCAAGUACGCCAAUCGGAAUACAAUCGACAUCCUGGCCAGCCACAUGGAAAGUCCUCUAGAGACCGCCAGAACACUCGACCGCUUCAACCACUUCAAACAGCUGCUCUCCGCGGGCGCAAACCCAGACAGCAUGGUCCUACUAGACCUCCUCGAUCUCCCCCGUCCAUCAGGCAAAUGGUUCAAAGCCGCUCUGGGCUAUUUCCGCAACAUCAACCCCAACCCAGGCGGCCAAGUCAGCGGUGGCACCUUAAUCCACCAAGUCAUCACCAGCCUCCACCACAAAAUCACUGACGUACAAUCAAACCCGCACCUCAGCACAGCACAGAAAGCAGGCAAACGCCGCCGACUGAAAACGCGCGCCGCCGACCUGAUUCGGCUCGUCCGGGGCGGAAGCUUGCAGGGACGUCCGGAUCUGACGACGCGUGAUGAGCAGGGGAAGACGGCGAUGGCUCUUGCGCGAGAACACGGGUAUCAUGAGCUCUAUGCUGCGCUGGAGCCUAGUCCAUUGCCUAAUAUUGCGAUUCCGCAGGUGGCCAGGAGAAAUUCGCUUAUGCCGCAGCUGCAGCAGCUGCAGCCUGGGGCGCUGAUUCCGGCUAGGGGGCAUCGGUAUCCUACGCGCAGUUCGCGCUUACGGGGUGUUUGA